CUUUAAGGAAACUCAAUUUAGUUUUUGAAAAUCUUAAAAUAAACAACAGAAACCACCGAAAAGAAAGGCAAGUUCUGCAUUCUACAGAAGGAAAAACACUAACAUCAUCGUCAAUCGAACUUUGAUUGUGUUUUGUAUUCAUCAUCACCACCAUGCCCCAAAAUUCUACUGCUUCUCAAGUCAACUCCAAGAUGAGUUUUUCCUUCUCCUUAUACAAAGACAUGCUUCAACUUCUCUACUAUUUCGUUUAUACUUUAAUGUGUUUGUGGAAAGUCCUCAAUGAAUUAAAUCUCAGUUAAUACUAACAGUAACGACCCUUUUUGUUAUAAUAUCUCAUGAUUCUUUAUGUGUAUUAUUUUCUAAGUUGAUUCUCCACUAUUUGUGAAUUGGUUGUUCAUGGGAUAAAAUUUCCAUAUCCUAGCUUUAGAUUAACAAUUGGGACACAAACAAUGAAUUAGUCCAAGUGGUAAGUGUCUUGGGCCCUUAAGCAAGUGGUCAGGGGUUCAUUCUUGGCUCUUGCGUAUGGAAAUAAUUUGGUUGGGAGAGGAGAACCUACCUUGUGUGUCCCAGAGGUUCCACGACGGAGAUUAUUCAUUGCUAACUGCAGUGGUAUAUCAUGGUAAUCAAAAAAUAAAAAGAUUAAAAAUUGGGGUUAGAGAAAACAAGUGCUAUAUAUUUUGUUUUCCUGUUAAAUAUGUGAUUAUAUAUUUUGUUUUCCUGUUAAAUUUGUGACUAAUUCACCCUAAUGGUGCCAUUUCAUUGAUACAAAGGUUAGAACUUAGAAAUCUCUAUCUCGAAUCGUUAUGAGCCCGUGUUUCUAUUAGAAAAUCUCUUUAUUUAUGCCCUUGAAGUUUAUUGCUUGGAACAUAAUCCUAUUUGCGUUGACUAAUCAUAAUUAUGAUUUACAAGUAGUCAGGGGUUCAUUCUUGGCUCUUACGUAUGGAAAGAAUUCGGUUGGGAGAGGAGAACCUACCUUGUGUGUCCCAGAGGUUCACCGACGGAGAUUAUUCAUCGCUGCUAACUGCAGUGGUAUAUCAUGGUAAUAAAAAAAUAAAAAGAUUAACAAUUGGGGUUAGAGAAAACAAGUGCUAUAUAUUUUGUUUUCCUGUUAAAUAUGUGAUUAUAUAUUAUGUUUUCCUGUUAAAUUUGUGACUAAUUCACCCUCAUGGUGCCAUUUCAUUGAUACAAAGGUUAGAACUUAGAAAUCUAUAUCUCGAAUCGUUAUGAGCCGGUGUGCCUUUUAGAAAGUCUCUUUAUUUAUGCCCUUGAAAUUUAUUGCUUGAAACAUAAUCCUCUUUGUGUUGGCUAAUCAUAAUUAUGAUUUAUAAGUGAACUUCAAAUGAUAUACUGUAAUAGAUUUCAAUUCAGCAAUACAUUUUCACAAUUGUUUAAUACUACUUUGAAGUGUUUUUUCUACUUUCAGAAUUUAAACAAUAUAAAUGCCAAGCUAGAAACAUGCAGCCACAAGGGAGUGGAGGAACUUGUGCUUUUGGGUUAGAUUCCAGAAAUAAUUAAGACCAAUAUUUACUUAUGCAAUUUUUUUGGAAAAUCAACUUUUCAUGGGCAUAAGGUUACAUGUAGGUAAUGAAAAUAGCUUAAAUAAGUUUUGGUUCCUAUAACAUACAGCUUUUAUAGUUUAGUCCAUAACAAAAUUUACUUGAAACAUAGGAAAUUUGCUUUUGGUCCUCUUUUGUUUGUUUAAGUUCUUGUAAUAUUCAUCUAUGUUUGAAAGUCUCUAUAUAGUCCUUAUUCCAAAACAACGAGGAUAAAAAACAGCGUUUCCUAUAUUUAAAGGAUUAAAACUAGUAAGAAAUUGUUAUAAGGACUAAAUUCAAAAUUGGUGUAUAUUGUACGGACUAAAAAUAAUUUAAAUCAAGCUAAAAUCUUAAAUGAGCCAAACAGUGCCUGAAUGCUGCAUCAACAUGGUUCACGCUAGCAUGUUAGUCAGGCCUUCCUUGUUUAGGAACGAGCAAUGAUACACAACAAUGUAUGUUCAAACGCAGGUGGAAGUGUUAGGGUCUGUGCGUGCCACACAUCGAAGAUGCUUCACAAAGGUGCACACCUCUAGCGUGUAAGUCAAACCUCUCUGGUUUAGCUCCGUGUAUGCCCUCAUUAUAAAAGGGUUUUAAGCUCAAUAGUAUACCACACAUAGAUGCAAGUAGACAAGAUGGCCUUGAAGAAAUUAGGAACGGAGCAAGGGAACAAUGAAGAUGAUUCUAACCGAUCUAAUAGUUCCAAUCAAACGCGUCGAUCAUCAUCAAACAAGAUGGCCUCGAAGAAAUUAGGAAUGGAGCAAGGGAACAAUGAAGAUGAUUCUAACCGAUCUAAUAGUUCCAAGCGAACGCGUCGAUCAUCAUCAAAGAAAAAAAUGAAAGAAGCUAUGGUUAUCAAUCCAUUUCCUCCGGAAAUACUUGAAGUAAUUUCCCAGAAGUUACUAAGUUUUGACGAUAUAUUUAGCUUCUCGGAUGUUUGCACGGAGUGGAGGGCAGUUCAGAAAACUUAUUGGAGAAAAUUUCUAGAAUCCCAUUCACCUCUGAUUGUGCAUACUACUACGUAUGCAAAAAAGUUUUGCUCUUUUUAUAGUAUACCUGAAAAUCGAGCUUACAGCUCUAAGUUGAGUAAUAUUUGGGGUUUAUCUUAUUCUGGUUCGUCCUGUGGAUAUCUGACCAUGGCGGGUGCCAACAAGACACUUCACCUUAUAAAUCCAUUUAAAAGAAACAAGAAGAUCAUUGAUACCUCAAUGAUUGUUAAGGAUUGGACUUAUUUUGCUGGCCGUGUCUUAAUUGCUUUUGCCAAAGGGUCCGAUGAAUUUCUCGUAUUAGCAUCAUGUAAACGUUUGUUCGGUCUGUAUGUCUAUCAGUCCCAAAAUUGUAGUUGGCAAACUUAUUCCAAAAUGGGACAUCCAUGGAAGAUUGUGGACUUUGCUGUAUUUAAAAAUAUUAUUUAUGUUCUCACCGACAAGGCUGAAGUAGGGGUACUUAGCCUGAACUCUGGGAGCUUGAAAUUUCUAAACCUGAAGAAUACUCCCGAUGUACCUUCCUCCCGGUUGUAUCAUUUACUUAGUUGUGAUGGUGAGCUUCUAGUGGUUCGCUUUGAACCGAAUCAAGUAUUGGAUAUCUACAAGAUUGAUCGGGAAACAAUGAGUUAUGUGAAGUUAGAUACUUUGGGUGACGUCGCAUUAUUUCAUUCGUCAUACAAAUGCUAUGCGCUGGCGAACCCGGGUAAGUGGGGAUAUGAAAGCAACCGUGUGUAUCAUAUUAAUUGGGAAUGGGGACAAUAUGAAGUGUAUUCAGGGAGUAAUAAUGAACUGAUCGAAAGCUUUUUGCUUGCUGGUAACCAUCAAAUUCCUUCUAAAUCAAGACCUUAUUGGAUGGAUUGGUGUUUUCGCAAUCAACCAGAUGAAGUUGAUUAUUCUCUGGUUGAGUAGUAUGCGAGCCUGGCACCACGCAGCAUAUUACUCUGUUAAUUUGGAUCUUGUUGCUUGUAUUCGCUUUUUAUUUCCUUGUAUUUUAACUUGCUAGACUAGAAAACUUUGUCAUAGUUUCUAGUUUCAUUAUCUGUUGUCAGAUUAUGCUACUUUUGAUGAAUUACUGUUGAACCUUGUAAUGUUUUGGUUUAUCUUAUGUAUUCUCUGAAGGUUUUUGGCUUAAAAUGGUGGUAUGAUUUCUUUUAUAAAUUUCAUUUGA